AUGAAGCUUCCAUGUGUCGGGGUCCUGUUCAGCACCCUUCUGGGGGCUGCUUUGGGAAACCGCAUGCGGUGCUAUGACUGUGGUAGCGGCCCCAGUAACUCCUGCAAAGAGACAGUGAUCACCUGUGGCGAGGGAGAGCGCUGUGGCUUUCUGGAUCGCAAACCCCAAGCAAGCCUGGCGCAGAGCAAGCUGUCUGGGAACCCCUCAGUGCCCCUGAGUCACCAUCCAGCCUGUGUGGCCAUCCAUCAUUGCAAUCAAGUGGAAACAGAGUCAGUGGGAGACGUGACUUACACAACACAGAAGAACUGCUGCUUUGGAGACCUGUGCAACAGCGCUGUGGCAAGCACCGGAAGUCCCGCCUGCAUCUUGGCUGUAGCAGCCACCACCCUGACCUGGCUCUUGUGGAGUGGGUAA